AUGGUGGAAGGGAAGAAAUGUUUUCCUUUCACCUUUUCGAAGGAGGAGUGGCAGGAAUGGCGAGAGGUCCGGGGAGUCUCUUGGUGGAGGUGGAGACGACCCAUGAAAGUAACAGUGCCUUCUCCACCUUCUGUUCGAGGCUCAGUCUCACUCUCUUUGCUCUGGAGAACGGGUGCUUGCGAUUCACCGCAGUGUCCUUCGGUGUCGUUGUCCAGUGCGCAAUGUGCUCGACCUGACAACGCUCCACCGAGAACAAACGACAAAGGGUUGGAUCGUCGAUCAACCAAAAUGGAUUGGGAGAACCGAACGGUGUCACUGCUUCUUUGCCUAAUCAUUCUGCUCGCGACCAUUCACAACGGUAACGCGGAACGGAAGAUAGUAUGUUACUACACGAACUGGUCGAUCUAUCGGCCAGGAACAGCGAAAUUCUCACCGCAGAACAUCAAUCCUUAUUUAUGUACGCACUUGAUCUACGCUUUCGGUGGCUUCACCAAAGACAAUGCUCUGAAGCCCUUCGACAAGUACCAGGACAUCGAGAAAGGCGGCUACGCCAAGUUUACUGGCUUAAAGACGUAUAACAAGAACUUGAAGACUCUGCUCGCUGUUGGUGGCUGGAACGAGGGUUCCAGCAGGUUUUCACCGAUGGUCGCAGACUCCGAGAGAAGACGAGAAUUCGUCAAGAAUGCCAUAAAAUUUCUUCGAAAGAACCAUUUCGACGGUCUUGAUCUCGACUGGGAGUAUCCGGCAUUUCGGGACGGUGGAAAACCGCGGGACAAAGAUAAUUACGCCAGUUUAGUGCAGGAACUCAGAGAGGAGUUUGAAAGGGAGUCCUCCAAGACCGGAAAACCAAGGCUUUUACUAUCGCUCGCGAUGCCAGCCGGUAUCGAGUACAUCGACAAAGGCUACGAUGUUCCCAGAUUAAACGACUACUUGGAUUUCAUCAAUCUCCUAUCCUACGAUUAUCAUUCCUCUUAUGAGCCCGCAGUUAAUCAUCAUUCUCCGCUAUAUCCUUUGGAGGAAGACAACGAAUACAAUUACGACGCCGAAUUAACAAUCGAUUACACCGUUAACUAUCUUCUAACGAAAGGUGCCUCCUCAAAGAAAAUCAUUUUAGGCAUUCCAACCUAUGGACGAUCCUAUACGCUUUUUAAUCAGGAUGCUACUGAACUAGGAUCACCGGCAGAUGGCCCAGGAGUUGAGGGGGACGCUACGAGGGAAAAAGGAUAUCUUGCUUAUUACGAGAUUUGCGAGGGUCUCUCACAAUCAGACGAUUGGGAAGUGAUUCAGCCAAAUGAAAAAGCUAUGGGUCCCUAUGCCUUUAAAGGAGACCAAUGGGUUGGUUACGACGACGAAGACAUAGUCAAAUUAAAAGCCAAGUACGCUAAUGAGAAAAACUUGGGCGGAAUUAUGUUCUGGACGAUCGAUAAUGAUGAUUUCCGAGGAAAAUGUCACGAUCGUCCGUAUCCUCUGAUUGAAGCGGCCAAGGAGGCUCUUUUAACAGGCAAUGCGAAUACUAUUCAAAAGUCGAAGACAGUGGAUAGUCGUAAGAAAUCCAGAGCUCAAGGUGUUCAUCAAAGCAAUACCAUAGCAAGAAAACCUGGUUCAAGUGCCAGACGAAGCACUACCACUGCAGCUCCAGUCUCAAAAAGGAGGGUUUCCACCUCGAGGCCAAAAUACAGAACAUUUUCACGACCUAAACACAAUGAUGAAGAAGAGGAGGAGGAGGAGGAGGAAAAAGAGGAGGAGGAAGAGCAACAAGUCGAUAGAAGGUCUUACGAUCCAUCCUCCGAUGAGGAGGAAAAUUCUGAAGGAGGUAAUGCGGUGAGAACCGCAGACAAAAAUGAAAGAUCGACUAACACUAAGAAAAAUAGAUCGAAGAAUAGAUUAAAUUCAAACCGGAAUCGCAGAAAGCAAGUGCGGCGCAAGGAAGAGAACAAAAACGAAGAAGGAACAUUGAGUAAUCAAUUGACUACUCCAGAACCUCCAACAACACCUGAUCCUGGAACAGAUUUCAAGUGUGAAGACGAAGGAUUCUUCCCUCAUCCUCGGGAUUGUAAAAAAUAUUUCUGGUGCUUGGAGAGUGGACCAGGAGGUCUCGGUGUAGUGGCCCAUCAAUUUACGUGUCCCUCUGGAUUGGUGUUCAAUAAAGCAGCCGAUUCAUGUGACUAUCCACGUAACGUUGUCUGUCCAAAAUCGAAGACGUCUCAAUCGACCGCCUCGACGACUAAGGCGCCCAUAACAGCUGCUACAAGUCGUACAACUUACCUUUAUAGCUCCACGCGCAAACCGUCUACCGAAAAACCGGAUUCAGACGAAGACUACGAAUACUACGACGAUGACGACGAUGAGGUCUCGGAGGAAGAGGAAAAGAAGCAAGAGCAGCAUAGAGUGACUACCACUCCAAAGGCGCUUCUUUAUAAGACUAUCUCCAGGAAGAGGCCUAGUACUACUAUUACUACUACUAGUACCACCACCACUACGACUACCACAGAAACUCCAUCGAGUACGACUUCAAAGCCUGGGAAAACUGAGCCGGAGAAAGUACUCGAUUUGGAAGACGAGGAGGACCCCAAGGUCAUUAAGGAGCUGAUAAAACUCAUUAAAAAAGCAGGUGGCAUAGAGCAACUGGAGAAACAAUUGCUACUUCAAGAUAAAAGUUCUGAUAGCGCGGUGAAUUCUGGCAAUGAAAACGCUACUCCAGCUACGAUAAGUCGUACUCUAUACGAACGUGUAUUAAAUCGUCAGGCUAGUAAAACUGCAAAUAGACGACGGAUAUCUACGAACACAAAUUACGCGAAUGGACCAGGAAAGGCACAGUUUGAGGGACUGGAUGAGGUUCCUGAGGUGAAGAGUCUACGACGCUCGCAAAAGCCUCAGUAUGUUACUAUCGAGAGGCCCAAGCCAUCCACAGAGGAACCACCAGCGGAAGAGGAAGGGGAUGACGAUGAAGAAGAUUUGGACGAAGACAACGCGGACGUAGCAGCUUCUUCCGAGGAGCAGACGGUCAGCAAUCCUUUCUUAGUUAGCUCCACGCAGAGGGCGACGCCUAAUUAUAUUAACAUUAAACGUAGUCGACCAACAACACCGAGAAACGAAAACGACGUAGAGGAGAGGAACAAAGACGCAGAGGAAGAGGCGCCUGUUCGAUCUAGACGUCCAUCUUCCAACGAGACGAGUUCCACUGAAAAUACCAAGGAUCAGGAAUCUCGUUCAUCAACGAGCGAAGAAAGUUCUCAAACGACUAAAUCUAGAUACGUUAGCAUUCAAAGAUUCAGAAGCACGACUCCUCAAUCAGCAGCAUCAGCAGUAGAAAUCGUAUCAGCAGUAGCAUCUCCAAACCUAGAAUCAGUUACAGAAGCUAUCGUUUCAACCGAAGCACCGAAGACGGUCAGCCAAAAAGCGGAUCCAACAAUCGUUUUAUCUUCGAUCGCUAUAUCUUCAACACCAAACGAUAUCCUCGUCGAGACCGAAACGGAAAAGCCAAUAUCAAACGUGACUCCAGAGAGCAGUAUCUCUACCACGGAACCAGUGAAACUCGUCGAGGACUCAGCGACGGAGAUCCUCCUAACGACUGCACCAGCAACGAGCUCGUCCACUUUAUCGAUUCCAAACGUGAGGAUAAGCACCGCGUCGGUCUCUCAGCCGAGACCUUUCAGUUUUAACCGAAGAAAUAGGCCCUCGACCGAGCCUACGACCACUCCGUUGUCGGCGUCCAACGAUCCGACGAGGUCCAAGGUCGCCAGCUCGGAAGUAAAUAGACUACCAACCCUCAAGGAACUAAUUGGUUAUCAAACCAACGAUUACACCAGCAGUCCGUCGCCAGUAUUCUUGAGCUUGUUCCCUUUUAAUAAAGCGAACGAUGAGGAAAUUUUCACGAGUGAAAAAGACACGAACCACGUUCUCGAGGGAGGUGCAGCAGCAGCUUCAACUAGCAUAUUAUUAAAUGAUACGAAACUAAAGCCCUGGAUACUGAAUAAGGAAAAGAGUUACACGUUAGAAAAUCAGUUAGACUUAACCGUAGACAGAACAGCGUAUUACGUUGAGGACAAUAUCGCUGAUGAUGAAGAUGCUUCGUUAGUUAACAAAAAGAGGUUCGAUCGUCAAGAUUCCACAACAACGACUACCCUAAGGCCUACCACUAUGCGUGGCACUCCUUUGGUCAAUUUACUUCACAGUCAAGUUCCACGUGGUUUUUAUGUAACUAGAAGUGAAACGGAAGUUCCGAUUAUAUUAGAAAUAAUGGAGAACGACACGGUAACCACUGAACAGACAACCUUGCCGAUGGAAGAUAGCGAAAACUUCACUCCUACGAUAGCUGACGAAACGAAACAACCUGAUAUAGGUAGAAAAACAGUUACUGAUCUUGAAAAAGAAGCCACUGAAGAAAAUCUCAUGCCUUCGAGUGAAAUUACUACUGCAACUGUUACAUUUACUUCUCCAUCCCCUAUUAAAUCCGAGUUUUCGACGAUUCCGGAAUCUGUUAAGUCUACAACUACAGAAAUCUUAGCUAACGAUGAUACCACCCUAUCUGUUACAAGUACUGAUUCAACCUCGAGUUCCAUAACUGAACAAAUCCAGUCCAAUCUCACUUUUGAUACAUCGUAUAAUUCUUUACUAACUCAGACUAAAAUACGUUCAUUCGAAUCUGUGACAGAAGCAGGAUUACAAACACACAACGAGAAAAACAUUACAGAUUUCGAAGAGAAUUAUUCGACGAACAAAAGUUCCACGAAAAACGACGAAGAAUCCAAGUGUAUUACGAUAUUUUUAACCACAACGCUUCCCCCUUCCACCACCAUUGUUAAAAGGACGGAGAAGAAACCUAAUCUUCGCCGACAGAAUAUCGAACCUUAUGUUGGUUACGAGUUUGGUAGUAGAUCUCAAGGACACGGGCACAAUCGUCAUUUCACAAAACCAUUAAAUAAUCAGGAGCAAGAAACUUCGAAAACACAAGUGGAGAGCAUGCAAUAUCCUCGUCGUCGCGUAAUCACUUACAGAGGACGUCGACGACAAGGUAGACCAGCUAUUACUACUACUACUACUUCUGCUACAGUCACCAACGACUCUGUUUACGAAGCGACGACCACUUACGUGGUAAAUCACAGCGAUCAUGAAAAACCAAUUACGGUGAAGAAAACAGCCAAGGAGAAGUCGGAACGAAACGAAAUAAUAACCGUUUCUACGAAUAAAACGGAAACAAGUUCAAUAGGAAAUCGAAACGAUCGAGAAGGCUCGAACGAAGAAGAGACGAAACAGGCGACAAACGAAUCCGUCUCCAAUGAAGAACACCUUCAGAUCGAGGAGAAUAUCAAUCAAUUCGAACCUGAGGUGAAUUCCUCGAAGAAUACAGUAGCGUCUCGUACACCAGGAAAUUUGCCGUCAUCCAGAUUGAGGAAACCAACUACGAUCACUUUGGCACCAUUGCAAAGCAAAACACCGAACGCACUUGCGAAUCAUCGAAAAAUUCGUCCAACUGACGGAAACGUUACUCUUGUUAACAAAAAAAUCGAUGCUGCGGAUGAAAUAACAGAAACACCGAAAAAUGAAAAAGAUAUCGAUCAAAGUAGUAGGGCACAGGAAAUCGCGGUGACUUUGGCAGAUCCACCACCGUCUCCGCAGUCAUCAGCCACCGGUCGACCGCCGUUAAGGAACGCCCUCAGGCGUAAAAUAAGCACUACGGUUGCACCUAGAACAGACGCGACAACAAAUAGGAGUACCCUCAGGUUCUUGCCGGCUCUCAGAAAUCGACAGAAGCCGAGGACGAAGGAUAAACCUCAACAAAACGUAACGACAAGACCUAGACGACCGCCUAUUAUCGACUACGAUUAUUACGAGGACGAUGAGGAGUCGGUGGUUGGAAAGUCCACCUUCAACGGGAAACUCUUUCUAACGAGUAAAGGAACCUUUCGAUGUCUGGAUCAAGGCAAUUUCCCCCAUCCGUACUCGUGUAAAAAGUUCGUCACUUGCGCGAAAAUGGUAAAUGGUCUGGUAAUCGGGGCCGAAUACACCUGCCCUGACAAACUAUCCUUUGAUCCAGUCGGUGGUAUUUGCAAUUGGUCCGCUGGACUUGGCUGUAAGGAGUAA